CAAAUUUUUAUUCCUUUAAAUUAUAUUUUUUUCUUUUCUUUAUUUUCAUCCGUCCAAACAAAGCUUAGCUUGAGGAAAAAAUUACAUCCAAAAACUUGCCCCAAUAUUAUGUGAUCUAUAUCUUUACUUUUCAGCACGUAGAAUUGGUAAAAUUAUUAAACCUUUAUCACACAGUUCUUUAACACAAAUACAAUAGAUAGAUAGACUUUCAAGGGGCUUAGAAAGUGACUUAUUCAUUAUCAUCCUCAAACACCCAAUCAUCCACGUUUUCUACUUGUAUAUAUUAAUAAUAAUUAUUAUACAUUCAUUUAUUUUUCUUCAACUCCACCUCAUUGGAAUCUUUCAUCAUAUCAUAUUAAUCAAACCAAAACCAGAUAAGAUUGGUGGUUGUCUCUAUUAUUUUAUACCAAGUUUAUCAGCCCUCUUCACUUCAUUAUUGUUCUUCUUAUAAACAGGUUAUUGAUCAUUAUAAUCCAUUUGGGUGGUGUAAGAUUUGUUAAUAGUUUAUUGAUUAUUGGAUCAUGGGUUCAGAAGGUCCAGCUCCAUCACCAGUAACAGUUUACGUGACUGGUUUUAAGAAGUUCCAUGGAGUUGUGGAAAAUCCAACAGAAACGAUUGUGCGUAAUCUGAAAGAGUACAUGGAGAAGAAAGGGUUACCAAAAGGGUUAGUUUUAGGGAGCUGCAAUGUUCUUGAGACUGCAGGACACGGUGCGGUUGUUCCCCUUUAUCAGACCCUGCAAUCUGCCAUCGCCGGGAAUGAUUCAGAAUUGCCAAACUCUGGGAAAGUAAUUUGGUUGCAUUUAGGAGUAAAUAGUGGUGCUACACGUUUUGCUAUCGAGAAUCAGGCAGUGAAUGAAGCCACUUUUCGUUGUCCUGAUGAGAUGGGAUGGAAACCUCAGAAAAUUCAUAUUAUUCCUACAGAUGGAGAAAUUUCGAGAACAAGAAAGACUACUCUUCCCGUUGAGGAGAUUACGUUGACUUUGGCAAAGAAAGGCUACGAGGUGAUGACAUCCGAUGAUGCCGGUCGCUUCGUGUGUAACUACGUUUACUACCACUCACUAUGGUUCGCGGAGCAAAAUGGAACAAAGUCCCUAUUUGUACAUGUGCCGCUUUUCUCAACUAUAAACGAGGAAACACAGAUGAAAUUCGUAGCUUCCUUAUUGGAGGUACUCGCGUCCUUGCCGUAGCACUCUAUCAAACAACCAGCUAGCGGGUUGUGUGAUUUCCUGUACGUGUGUGAGUUUGUAAUGUUGGCUAUUGUAUUCAAAGUGGGGAGGGGUUUUGUAUGCAUGUUUCUUACAUGCUCAAGUAAACCAUCUUAAGUUGCAAAUUAUAUAUUGGUUUCUUUGUUUCCAUAUGUUGUCUGUUUAUGUUGUGGGUCCCAUUGCUGUUAAGUUGGUGUAGAUCUGAAAUUAUUUUCUGUUGUCCAACUUAAGAAUGAUGUUGACUUGGUAAGACAUAGUAUAAUGCAUUACAUUGGUUAUUAAUGUGACUGAUGUUUAUCUUCCA